ACACUGGAGAGUCGCGAUUCUUGUCGACAUUUACCCCUUCCACCGCGUACCCCGUACCGGACAAACCUCCAGAAUGGCUACCCUUUUGCCCCGCGGAUAUCGUUCCGCCACCGAACACUGUUUCGACGAAGAACAAGCCGAAGCUAUUGUUCGAACCACCGCCUACCACCGCAGAGACUUUUGUCUAUCCGUCAUCUGGUUCUCGCCCCGUGAACACGUCGAUAUUCGCCCGUCAAUAGCAACACCCUUUCAGCGGACAUCAAAUGUUGGAGUCGGCUCCCUCGACCGGCUACCCCUCGAGCUCUUAUUUGACACAUUGUACCGUCUGGACAUGCAUUCUCUGUUCAAAUUUCGACAAAUAAACCUCCGAUCAAGACAAAUGGUAGAUUCUCUCCAGCAGUAUCAGCGGGUAGUCUCUUAUGGACUGAACCUCUUCUGUGCUUUGUUACGAACACGACUUGCCGUGCACAUUUCUCGACUCGACUUUUACAACACAUUAUGUACUAAAGCAUGCAAUUUUUGCGGCGAAUUUGGCGGGUUUAUAUCCCUCCUAAUUUGGAAGAGGUGCUGUUUUAAUUGCCUCCAGUGGUCUUCGGAAACCCAAGUGCGGACUCUCGCCUCAGUCCGAAAGCAUUUUCACAUGACCAAAGCCGAAUUAGACCAACUGAGAUCAUUUAAGGCCUUGCCUGGAAUAUACUCGAUGGAUGAAUCUGUACAAAAUUCCCGCAUUACGAUCGUUUCUCUCUAUCAGGCCACUUUGGCUUGCAGACGGCAACCGCCUAGACUUCCGCAAGCCCAACCAGCGGGCUUAAACCGAAAUCAAAAAAUCAACUUCAUGGGGUCGUGUGCACUUCCUUAUUACGAUAAACAGACUUGCAGAGUGGAACGCGGGAUUUCGUGUGCUGGGUGUCAACUUGGUAUUGAGAAAGGUAUUAUCGGCACCAGGGGCACGAAAUGGGGAUACGAGGCUCGAGACAAAGUGUAUGCGCAAGACAGCUUUUUGGAGCAUUUUCGGUGGUGUGAACAGGCACAGCUCCUGUGGAGAUCGAGUGGCGACGGUAAAAACCGGCCACCCGAGCUACCUGUGUCUGCUCGGACAGGAGGCUACUUUCGAAGAAGAGAAUGA